ACUUCAAAGAUGGAAGCUGGCAAUGAGCUGAAGUAAACAACUUUUUCAAAAUGGCCAGUCGCAAAUCGAAUUACAGUUUUUCGAAUUGAGGGUCGCGUUUUGAAGAAUCAACAAUACUGUGCUUAUGCAUACAAGGAAACUUCUCAUUUGAAGUCUAGAGACUGAAGAAGUGAGAGACGUUCCACCAUGUCAGGUCAAGGUGAGUCUGACAUGGACUACUCAGAAGAGGAGUUUGAAAAUUACUAUGAUGAGGCAGACACAUGUGAUCUGGAGCAAGUUGAUGUGAGCAAAAGUGACCCAGAGUACUUUGAGUUUGAGUGCCUGUCCGUCGAGGAGGUUGAGAGGCUGCUUAAUGAAUCUGUGGAAGAAUUGUCCAACUGCUUGAAGAUCACUCCAGCCCUUGCAAAGGUCUUACUCCACACCCACAAAUGGGCAAUCACCGAGGUGACGGACAAGUAUAAGAAAGACAGCCAAGCUCUUCUGGUUGAGUCACAACUUGAGCCGAGGGCAGAGAGCUCCUCCACUCACCGACGUCAGCAGCGCAGUCUCAGGUCAAACAGCAAUGUGCCCAUUGUCUGUUCCGUCUGCGUCCAGGCCACAGGCCAGAAUUUCUACAAGCUCUCUUGUGGUCAUUCCUUCUGCUCCAGCUGCUGGGUGAUGCACUUCCAAGUCCAGAUCUCGCAAGGUGUUUCCACAGGAAUCAAGUGUAUGGCCCAAGGCUGUGAGGUGUUGGCUACGGAAGACUUUGCUUUGAAAAUAAUCACCCUGCCAGAACUGAGAAAGAAAUACCAGUUGUUCACAUUUCAAGACUACGUCAGGUCGCAUCCCCAGCUAAGAUUUUGCCCCGGGCCAAACUGCCAAGUGAUCGUCAAAGCCAAGCUGCCGAAAGCAAAGAGAGCUGUUUGUAAAUCGUGCAAGACUGUAUUUUGUUUCAACUGCGGCAUUGAUUAUCACGCUCCCACUGAUUGCGGCACGAUUAAGAGAUGGCUCACAAAAUGUGCAGACGACAGUGAAACAGCAAACUACAUUAGUGCUCACACAAAAGACUGCCCAAAGUGCCAUAUAUGCAUUGAGAAGAACGGGGGAUGCAACCACAUGCAAUGUUACAGCUGCAAGCACGACUUUUGCUGGAUGUGCCUUGGCGACUGGAAGACUCAUGGCUCAGAAUACUACGAGUGUUCCCGUUACAAGGACAAUCCCAACAUAGCCAACGAGUCGGCUCACGCGCAAGCUAGGGAGGCUCUCAAAAAAUACCUGCACUACUAUGAAAGGUGGGAAAACCAUUCCAAGAGUUUGAAACUAGAGGAGCAGCAUUUGAAAAAGGUGACCAAGAAGAUUACAGGCAAAGUAAUGAACUCAGGGUCGGGCACCUGGAUUGACUGGCAGUAUCUCCUGGACGCAGCCGAGUUGCUGGCCAAGUGUCGCUACACACUGCAGUACACAUACCCAUUUGCCUAUUACAUGGAGCCAGGCUCCAGAAAAGAAUUGUUUCAGUAUCAGCAAGCGUCACUUGAAGCUGAGAUAGAAAACCUGUCCUGGAAAAUAGAGCGAGCUGAAAGCACCGAUCGCGGAGAUCUGGAGAACCAAAUGGAUGUGGCUGAGAAACGGAGGCUUACUCUACUCAAAGACUUCCUCAAUACUCCUGGACGUCUUGUGAUUGCGUUGCAUUCACAGACUGCGCCAACCACUUUUUACAAUCAGGACGCUCCAAUCGCUGCAAUUCAAAGUUAAACUGUUCGCAGUUGCCACUCCGACACAAUUGGAAGAUUCUGUGAAGUUCCUGACUCACUUCCAGAGGAGAAUCGUCUUCACAUUGGGUAUUGAAUUCCGAGUCUAAGAUGUCAAUCAGGAUGUCCUCCACUUCCUCCACUUCAAUAUUUACUAUAAUUUAAGAUAAAGGCUAUUAUUGUUUUAUUUAUGUAAAAAAUUGCAUCAAAAUAUUAUUUCAAUUUGUGAGAGGAAAAAUAAAUAACUCUACAAACCUUUAUUGCAAAAUGUGUCGGUCAUGUAAUCUGUAAACUGGCGUGCAGCUAAAUGACUUUGAUGUCCUCCCAUUCCAUGCUCAACAGCUAGCUGAAUUUUCA